UGGCCCAGAGCCAGAACGCCGCCACUUCCAGCCUGAUGUGCCGCUUUCGGUCCCUUAGCUCAGAUGGCACACCAAUAAUCCGCCUUCCUUGAGGCAGUCCACCCCUUCCUGCCUCUGAGAACCUAGGCAUUCUUCGCUAUCCUACUCCAGGAGUCCAAAUUUACGUCCAGCUUUGCCACUAACGCCAGUUACCUCGAUCCCCCCCUCCAACUCUCAGCCGACCUACUCCCUGCGUUCUUUUUUGUCUCGUGGUCCCUGGUUUUGCCAGGAUACCAAGACCCCUUCAGGCUUUCCGCGCUCUCCUUAUUUCUCAUUCCAAUCCCUGGCCCCGCGCCGGUCGUGAUGUCAGCCCCAAGCCGUUUCGGGCUGGAACAUCCCGUUCCCGGCUCUAGUUCCUGCUAUUGGUCACAGCCUUCCCUUUUCUCCAGACGCUUAAAAAAAAAAAAAAGAAAGAAAGAAAGAAACCACUCGAGUAUUGGGGGUGUGGUUGAACGGGGAGUAAGGGAAGGGAAGAACUAUGUCCUCUGAGUGUGUCUGCUUCGGAUGGGGGUGAGGUGUGUGUAAGGGUGGCGAGAAAAGUAGAGGACUGAGGAGAGAGGAUUCCUGGGUCUUUGACAAUGGCAGGUGCUGACUGGUCCCGGUAGUUGGGACAGGGUGCAUGGGCCAGAGAAGGAAACUGCCGUGUCUAAUCGAUGAGAACAACCGGGAUCCAGACGAGAACCACCCAGGCUGGGUGGCUUUUGCUUGGAGAGCGGUGGCGGUUGAGUGUUGCCCUGGGUAGCAGAGUCAACCUCCGGGCCUCCGAGGGUCGCCUCUUCAUACGGCCACUGGGCUGUCAUGAAAUUGGGGAUGCAUUCGAGGUUCUGGCAGUGAUCGAACUUCUCAAUUUCCCAAAGCUUGGAUCUCCCACCUCAAUUGCUCAGUCAGGGCUCCUGGUCCACUAGAGCAUCCGUGGUGACCUCUUCGCCUUCCUUGUUCUCCUUCUGUGCUCCUCAUGGGCCAGAAAUGAGUAGCUCCCUAGAAGGGGAUGGGGGAGGGGACCCCAGACCUGGGGAAUCCUUUGGUCCUGGAGGAACCCCACCCCCUGGCCCUCCACAGCAUCGGCCUUGCCCAGACCCCAGUCUGGCUGAUGACACUGAUGCCAACAGCAAUGGCUCCAGCGGCAAUGAGUCCAAUGGGCCAGAGUCCAGGGGUGCAUCUCAGCGGAGCUCACAUAGUUCCUCCUCUGGCAAUGGCAAGGACUCGGCCCUGCUGGAGACAACUGAGAGCAGCAAGAGCACAAACUCUCAAAGCCCAUCCCCACCCAGCAGUUCCAUUGCCUACAGCCUCCUGAGUGCCAGCUCAGAGCAGGACAACCCAUCUACCAGCGGCUGCAGCAGUGAACAGUCAGCCCGGGCAAGGACCCAGAAGGAACUUAUGACUGCAUUGCGGGAGCUCAAGCUUCGACUGCCACCAGAACGUCGGGGCAAGGGCCGCUCUGGGACCCUGGCCACACUACAGUACGCACUGGCCUGUGUUAAGCAGGUGCAAGCCAACCAGGAAUACUACCAGCAGUGGAGCCUGGAGGAGGGGGAAUCUUGUGCAAUGGACAUGUCUACCUAUACUUUGGAGGAACUGGAGCACAUCACAUCUGAGUACACCCUUCGCAACCAGGACACCUUCUCCGUGGCUGUCUCCUUCCUGACAGGCCGCAUCAUCUACAUUUCGGAGCAGGCAGGUAUCUUACUGCGCUGCAAGCGGGAUGUGUUCCGAGGUGCCCGAUUCUCAGAGCUGCUGGCUCCUCAGGAUGUGGGCGUCUUCUAUGGUUCCACUGCCCCAUCCCGUCUGCCCACCUGGGGUGCUGGGGCCGCAGCAGGUUCAGGCCUCAAGGAUUUCACCCAGGAGAAGUCUGUUUUCUGCCGUAUCAGAGGAGGUCCUGACCGUGACCCAGGGCCCUGGUACCAGCCAUUCCGCUUAACCCCAUAUGUGACCAAGAUCCGGGUCACAGAUGGUGCCCCCGCACAGCCCUGCUGCCUGCUUAUCGCAGAACGUGUCCACUCGGGUUAUGAAGCUCCCCGGAUCCCACCUGAUAAGAGGAUCUUCACCACACGGCACACACCCAGCUGCCUCUUCCAGGACGUGGAUGAAAGGGCCGCCCCACUGCUGGGCUAUCUCCCCCAGGACCUCUUGGGGGCCCCAGUGCUCCUGUUUCUGCAUCCUGAGGACCGCCCUCUCAUGCUGGCCAUCCACAAGAAGAUCCUGCAGCUGGCUGGUCAACCUUUUGACCACUCACCUAUCCGUUUCUGUGCUCGUAAUGGGGAGUAUGUCACCAUGGACACCAGCUGGGCCGGCUUUGUGCACCCGUGGAGCCGCAAGGUAGCCUUUGUGUUGGGCCGCCACAAAGUACGCACGGGACCCCUGAAUGAGGAUGUGUUCACUCCCCCUGCCCCCAGCCCAGCUCUGUCCCUGGACCCUGAUAUCCAGGAGCUGUCUGAGCAGAUACACCGCCUGCUCUUACAGCCUGUGCACAGCCCCAGCCCCACGGGGCUCUGUGGAGUAGGCACUGUGACUUCCCCAGCCCCUCUCCUCAGCCCUGGAUCCUCCAGUGAUAGCAAUGGGGGAGAUACAGAAGGACCAGGGCCUCCCGCCCCGGUGACCUUCCAGCAAAUCUGUAAGGAUGUCCAUCUGGUGAAGCACCAGGGGCAGCAGGUCUUUAUUGAGUCCCGUACUAGGCCUCCAGCCCGGCCCCGCCUCCCUGCUACAGGCACAUUCAAGGCCAAGACCUUUGCCUGCCAGCCCCCAGCCCCAGAGCUGGACAUUGCCCCUGCUCCAGUCCAGGUUUCAUUAGCCUUGGCUCCAGAGGAAUCUGAAAAGAAAGAGACCCCCACCUCCUCCUACCAGCAGAUCAACUGCCUUGACAGCAUUCUUCGGUACCUGGAGAGCUGCAACAUCCCCAGCACAACCAAGCGUAAAUGUGCCUCCUCCUCCUCCUGCACCACCUCCUCAGCCUCUGACGAUGACAAGCAGAGGACAGGUCCAGUUCCUGUGGAGGCCAAGAAAGAUCCAUCGUCGGCAGUGCUGUCUGGGGAGGGGGCCACCCCUCGGAAGGAGCCAGUGGUGGGAGGCACCUUGAGCCCGCUCGCCCUGGCUAAUAAGGCAGAGAGUGUGGUGUCCGUCACCAGUCAGUGUAGCUUCAGCUCCACCAUCGUCCAUGUGGGAGACAAGAAGCCCCCGGAGUCGGACAUCAUCAUGAUGGAAGAUCUCCCUGGCCUGGCUCCAGGCCCAGCCCCCAGCCCAGCCCCCAGCCCCAUCGUAGCUCCUGACCCAGCCCCAGAUGCCUACCGACCGGUGGGUCUGACCAAGGCUGUGCUGUCCCUGCACACACAGAAGGAGGAGCAGGCCUUCCUCAGCCGCUUCCGUGACCUUGGCAGGCUGCGUGGACUGGAUGGCUCCUCCACAGCCCCCUUGGCUCCUGGCUGUCACCACGGCCCCACACCCCAUGGCCGUCGACACCACUGCCGAUCCAAAGCUAAGCGCUCACGCCACCACCAGACCCCCCGGACUGAAGCCCCCUGCUAUGUCAAUCACCCCUCACCUGUGCCGCCCUCUGCCCCCUGGCCCCCACCACCAACCACUACCCCCUUCCCAGCUGUGGUCCAGCCAUACCCCCUCCCAGUGUUCUCCCCCAGAGCAGGAGCCCAGACUCUUCCCCCUGCCCCCACAUCAGUGUCCCCUGCAGCUUUCCCUGCCCCCUUAGUGACCCCAAUGGUAGCCUUGGUGCUCCCUAACUAUCUGUUCCCUACCCCAACCAGCUAUCCCUAUGAUGUACCCCAGGUCCCUGCUGAGGGGCCUCCUACCCCUGCCUCCCAUUCUCCUUCUCCAUCCCUGCUCCCCUUACCCCCCAGCCCUCCCAACCGCCCAGACUCUCCACUGUUCAACUCAAGAUGCAGCUCCCCACUCCAGCUGAAUCUGCUGCAGCUUGAGGAGCUUCCCCGAGCUGAGGGGAGUGCUGUUAUAGGGGGCCCUGGGAGCAGUGUUGGGCCCCCACCUCCCAGUGAGGAGGCUGCUGAGCCAGAGGCCAGACUGGUGGAGGUAACUGAGUCCUCCAACCAGGAUGCCCUUUCGGGCUCCAGUGACCUGUUGGAGUUGCUGCUGCAAGAGGACUCUCGGUCUGGCACCGGCUCUGCUGCCUCGGGCUCCUUGGGCUCUGGCAUGGGCUCUGGGUCUGGUUCAGGCUCCCAUGAAGGGGGCAGCACCUCUGCCAGUAUCACACGCAGCAGUCAAAGCAGCCACACAAGCAAGUACUUUGGCAGCAUCGACUCUUCUGAAGCUGAGACUGGUGCUGCCCAGGUUAGGGCUGAGCCCGGGGACCAGGUCAUUAAGUAUGUGCUCCAGGAUCCCAUCUGGCUGCUCAUGGCCAAUGCUGACCAGCACGUCAUGAUGACCUACCAGGUGCCCUCCAGGGAUGUGGCCUCUGUGCUGAAGCAGGAUCGGGAGAGGCUCCGUGCCAUGCAGAAGCAGCAGCCUAGGUUCUCAGAGGAUCAGCAGAGAGAGCUGGGGGCUGUGCACUCCUGGGUUCGAAAGGGCCAGCUUCCACGGGCCCUUGAUGUGAUGGCCUGUGUGGACUGUGGAAGUAGCAGCCAAGACCCCAGCCACCCCAGUGACCCACUUUUCUCAGAACUGGAUGGACUGGGGCUGGAGCCCAUGGAGGAGGGUGGAGGGGAUGGGGGUGGUCCUGGUGGUGAGGGUGCAGGUGGAGAUGAGACCCAGGUCCAAGCUGACGCUAGGGUUUCAAGCUCUCAAGACUUAGCCAUGGAGGAAGAGGAACAAGGUGGGAGUUCGUCCGGUCCAGCCUUACCUGCCACAGAAAACGGCACCAGCUAAAACUACAUCUGUGGGGCACCUCUGGGAGUGCAGAAGACGUUUCCUUGUCCCACCAACCCUCAGAACUCUGAUGGGCUGGACCAACCAAUCUGAAAACUGCCCCAGUUUUUCCCGCUGUAGGGGGCUGGACCUCUGUCACCAGCCUGGGAUCUAGGGGGUACCUCUGACCACUUAAGGAACAGAGGGUGGAACUCUCCAGUCCAGCUCAGAGCAAGGUUGCUGACAAGCUGCUGAAGUCGACUCUCCAAAUCCCAGCUGAGCCCAAGUCCCAGUUUCGAGGAUUGGAGCUACACUUAUUUAUUGGGGGAACAGCCCUCUCUCCCUCCUUCAGAUGGUGGAGGAGGGUUGGAGGCCCAUGCAGGACCCAGCUGUCCAAACCCCUAGCUGCUCCAGGGUAGGGGAGGUUGGUGGACCAUGGAGUCCCUGGUGCUGCCCCUCAGGUGGGACCCAGAUGUUCUCAGCUGUACCCUCUACCGAUGGCAUUUGUGUUUUUUGAUAUUGUGUCUGUUGUUUUUUUUUAAAUACAAAAAACAAACAAAAACAUGACUUUGUGGAAUAAAGUUUGGGGGUUGGGUUAAGGAAGAA